AUGGACUGCCACCAGUGUUACCUCUUCCCUCCUCCCUGGUGUUGGCUCCUCCUCCUCGGUGUUGUCUCCUCCCUCCUCCCUGGUGUUGCCUCCACCUCCCUGGUGUUACCUCCUCCUCCCUGGUGUUACCUCCUCCUCCCUGGUGUUGCCUCCUCCUCCCUGGUGUUACCUCCUCCUCCCUGGUGUUGCCUCCUCCUCCCUGGUGUAACCUCCUCCUCCCUGGUGUUACCUCCUCCUCCCUGGUGUUACCUCCUCCUCCCUGGUGUUGCCUCCUCCUCCCUGGUGUUACCUCCUCCUCCCUGGUGUUACCUCCUCCUCCCUGGUGUUGCCUCCUCCUCCCUGGUGUUACCUCCUCCUCCCUGGUGUUACCUCCUCCUCUCUGAUGUUGCCUCCUCCUCCCUGGUGUUGCCUCCUCCUCCCUGGUGUUGCCUCCUCCUCCCUGGUGUUGCCUCCUCCUCCCUCGUGUUGCCUCCUCCUCCUUGGCGUUGCCUCCUCCUCCCUGGUGUUACCUCCUCCUCCCUGGUGUUACCUCCUCCUCUCUGGUGUUGCCUCCUCCUCCCUCGUGUUGCCUCCUCCUCCCUGGUGUUGCCUCCUCCUCCCUCGUGUUGCCUCCUCCUCCUUGGUGUUUCCUCCUCCUCCCUGGUGUUGCCUCCUCCUCCCUGGUUUUGCCUCCUCCUCCCUGGUGUUGCCUCCUCCUCCCUGGUGUUGCCUCCUCCUCCCUGGUGUUGCCUCCUCCUCCCUCGUGUUGCCUCCUCCUCCCUCGUGUUGCCUCCUCCUCCUUGGUGUUGCCUCCUCCUCCCUGGUGUUGCCUCCUCCUCCCUCGUGUUGCCUCCUCCUCCCUGGUGUUGCCUCCUCCUCCCUGGUGUUGCCUCCUCCUCCCUCGUGUUGCCUCCUCCUCCCUCGUGUUGCCUCCUCCUCCUUGGUGUUGCCUCCUCCUCCCUGGUGUUGCCUCCUCCUCCCUGGUGUUGCCUCCUCCUCCUUGGUGUUGCCUCCUCCUCCCUGGUGUUGCCUCCUCCUCCCUGGUGUUGCCUCCUCCUCCCUCGUGUUGCCUCCUCCUCGCUGGUGUUCCCUCCUCCUCCCUCGUGUUGCCUCCUCCUCCUUGGUGUUGCCUCCUCCUCCCUGGUGUUCCCUCCUCCUCCCUCGUGUUGCCUCCUCCUCCUUGGUGUUGCCUCCUCCUCCCUGGUGUUGCGUCCUCCUCCCUGGUGUUACCUCCUCCUCCCUGGUGUUGCCUCCUCCUCCCUGGUGUUGCCUCCUCCUCCCUGGUGUUCCCUCCUCCUCCCUGGUGUUGCCUCCUCCUCCCUGGUGUUACCUCCUCCUCCCUGGUGUUGCCUCCUCCUCCCUGGUGUUGCCUCCUCCUCCCUCGUGUUGCCUCCUCCUCCUUGGUGUUGCCUCCUCCUCCCUGGUGUUGCCUCCUCCUCCCUGGUGUUGCCUCCUCCUCCCUCGUGUUGCCUCCUCCUCGCUGGUGUUCCCUCCUCCUCCCUCGUGUUGCCUCCUCCUCCUUGGUGUUGCCUCCUCCUCCCUGGUGUUGCCUCCUCCUCCCUGGUGUUCCCUCCUCCUCCCUGGUGUUGCCUCCUCCUCCCUGGUGUUACCUCCUCCUCCCUGGUGUUGCCUCCUCCUCCCUGGUGUUGCCUCCUCCUCCCUGGUGUUCCCUCCUCCUCCUUGGUGUUGCCUCCUCCUCCCUGGUGUUCCCUCCUCCUCCCUGGUGUUGCCUCCUCCUCCCUGGUGUUACCUCCUCCUCCCUGGUGUUGCCUCCUCCUCCCUGGUGUUGCCUCCUCCUCCCUGGUGUUGCCUCCUCCCUGGUGUUGCCUCCUCCUCCCUGGUGUUGCCUCCUCCAUGGUGUUACCUCCUCCUCCCUGGUGUUACCUCCUCCUCUCUGGUGUUGCCUCCUCCUCCCUGGUGUUGCCUCCUCCUCCCUGGUGUUGCCUCCUCCUCCCUGGUGUUGCCUCCUCCUCCCUCGUGUUGCCUCCUCCUCCCUGGUGUUGCCUCCUCCUCCCUGGUUUUGCCUCCUCCUCCCUGGUGUUGCCUCCUCCUCCCUGGUGUUACCUCCUCCUCCCUCGUGUUGCCUCCUCCUCUCUGGUGUUGCCUCCUCCUCCCUGGUGUUGCCUCCUCCUCCCUCGUGUUGCCUCCUCCUCCUUGGUGUUGCCUCCUCCUCCCUGGUGUUGCCUCCUCCUCCCUGGUGUUGCCUCCUCCUCCCUCGUGUUGCCUCCUCCUCCUUGGUGUUGCCUCCUCCUCCCUGAUGUUGCCUCCUCCUCCCUGGUGUUACCUCCUCCUCCCUGGUGUUACCUCCUCCUCUCUGGUGUUGCCUCCUCCUCCCUGGUGUUGCCUCCUCCUCCCUCGUGUUGCCUCCUCCUCCUUGGUGUUGCCUCCUCCUCCCUAGUGUUGCCUCCUCCUCCCUGGUGUUGCCUCCUCCUCCCUCGUGUUACCUCCUCCUCCUUGGUGUUGCCUCCUCCUCCCUGGUGUUGCCUCCUCCUCCCUCGUGUUGCCUCCUCCUCCCUGGUCUUACCUCCUCCUCCCUGGUGUUGCCUCCUCCUCCUUGGUGUUGCCUCCUCCUCCCUGGUGUUGCCUCCUCCUCCCUGGUGUUGCCUCCUCCUCCCUCGUGUUGCCUCCUCCUCGCUGGUGUUCCCUCCUCCUCCCUCGUGUUGCCUCCUCCUCCUUGGUGUUGCCUCCUCCUCCCUGGUGUUUCCUCCUCCUCCCUCGUGUUGCCUCCUCCUCCUUGGUGUUGCCUCCUCCUCCCUGGUGUUGCGUCCUCCUCCCUGGUGUUACCUCCUCCUCCCUGGUGUUGCCUCCUCCUCCCUGGUGUUGCCUCCUCCUCCCUGGUGUUCCCUCCUCCUCCCUGGUGUUGCCUCCUCCUCCCUGGUGUUACCUCCUCCUCCCUGGUGUUGCCUCCUCCUCCCUGGUGUUGCCUCCUCCUCCCUCGUGUUGCCUCCUCCUCCUUGGUGUUGCCUCCUCCUCCCUGGUGUUGCCUCCUCCUCCCUGGUGUUGCCUCCUCCUCCCUCGUGUUGCCUCCUCCUCGCUGGUGUUCCCUCCUCCUCCCUGGUGUUGCCUCCUCCUCCCUGGUGUUGCCUCCUCCUCCCUCGUGUUGCCUCCUCCUCCUUGGUGUUGCCUCCUCCUCCCUGGUGUUGCCUCCUCCUCCCUCGUGUUGCCUCCUCCUCCCUCGUGUUGCCUCCUCCUCGCUGGUGUUCCCUCCUCCUCCCUCGUGUUGCCUCCUCCUCCUUGGUGUUGCCUCCUCCUCCCUGGUGUUUCCUCCUCCUCCCUCGUGUUGCCUCCUCCUCCUUGGUGUUGCCUCCUCCUCCCUGGUGUUGCGUCCUCCUCCCUGGUGUUACCUCCUCCUCCCUGGUGUUGCCUCCUCCUCCCUGGUGUUGCCUCCUCCUCCCUGGUGUUCCCUCCUCCUCCCUGGUGUUGCCUCCUCCUCCCUGGUGUUACCUCCUCCUCCCUGGUGUUGCCUCCUCCUCCCUGGUGUUGCCUCCUCCUCCCUCGUGUUGCCUCCUCCUCCUUGGUGUUGCCUCCUCCUCCCUGGUGUUGCCUCCUCCUCCCUGGUGUUGCCUCCUCCUCCCUCGUGUUGCCUCCUCCUCGCUGGUGUUCCCUCCUCCUCCCUCGUGUUGCCUCCUCCUCCUUGGUGUUGCCUCCUCCUCCCUGGUGUUCCCUCCUCCUCCCUGGUGUUGCCUCCUCCUCCCUGGUGUUACCUCCUCCUCCCUGGUGUUGCCUCCUCCUCCCUGGUGUUGCCUCCUCCUCCCUGGUGUUCCCUCCUCCUCCUUGGUGUUGCCUCCUCCUCCCUCGUGUUGCCUCCUCCUCCUUGGUGUUGCCUCCUCCUCCCUGGUGUUGCCUCCUCCUCCCUCGUGUUGCCUCCUCCUCCCUGGUGUUGCCUCCUCCUCCCUGGUGUUACCUCCUCCUCCCUGGUGUUGCCUCCUCCUCCCUGGUGUUGCCUCCUCCUCCCUGGUGUUACCUCCUCCUCUCUGGUGUUGCCUCCUCCUCCCUGGUGUUGCCUCCUCCUCCCUCGUGUUGCCUCCUCCUCCUUGGUGUUGCCUCCUCCUCCCUGGCGUUGCCUCCUCCUCCCUGGUGUUGCCUCCUCCUCCCUCGUGUUGCCUCCUCCUCCUUGGUGUUGCCUCCUCCUCCCUGGUGUUGCCUCCUCCUCCCUCGUGUUGCCUCCUCCUCCCUGGUGUUGCCUCCUCCUCCCUGGUGUUGCCUCCUCCUCCUUGGUGUUGCCUCCUCCUCCCUGGUGUUGCCUCCUCCUCCCUGGUGUUGCCUCCUCCUCCCUGGUGUUACCUCCUCCUCUCUGGUGUUGCCUCCUCCUCCCUGGUGUUGCCUCCUCCUCCCUCGUGUUGCCUCCUCCUCCUUGGUGUUGCCUCCUCCUCCCUGGUGUUGCCUCCUCCUCCCUGGUGUUGCCUCCUCCUCCCUCGUGUUGCCUCCUCCUCCUUGGUGUUGCCUCCUCCUCCCUCGUGUUGCCUCCUCCUCCUUGGUGUUGCCUCCUCCUCCCUGGUGUUACCUCCUCCUCCCUGGUGUUGCCUCCUCCUCCCUGGUGUUGCCUCCUCCUCCUUGGUGUUGCCUCCUCCUCCCUCGUGUUGCCUCCUCCUCCUUGGUGUUGCCUCCUCCUCCCUGGUGUUACCUCCUCCUCCCUGGUGUUGCCUCCUCCUCCCUGGUGUUACCUCCUCCUCCCUGGUGUUACCUCCUCCUCUCUGGUGUUGCCUCCUCCUCCCUGGUGUUGCCUCCUCCUCCCUGGUGUUGCCUCCUCCUCCCUGGUGUUGCCUCCUCCUCCCUGGUGUUGCCUCCUCCUCCCUCGUGUUGCCUCCUCCUCCUUGGUGUUGCCUCCUCCUCCCUCGUGUUGCCUCCUCCUCCUUGGUGUUGCCUCCUCCUCCCUGGUGUUACCUCCUCCUCCCUGGUGUUGCCUCCUCCUCCCUGGUGUUACCUCCUCCUCCCUGGUGUUACCUCCUCCUCUCUGGUGUUGCCUCCUCCUCCCUGGUGUUGCCUCCUCCUCCCUGGUGUUGCCUCCUCCUCCCUGGUGUUGCCUCCUCCUCCCUGGUGUUGCCUCCUCCUCCCUCGUGUUGCCUCCUCCUCCUUGGUGUUGCCUCCUCCUCCCUCGUGUUGCCUCCUCCUCCUUGGUGUUGCCUCCUCCUCCCUGGUGUUACCUCCUCCUCCCUGGUGUUGCCUCCUCCUCCCUGGUGUUACCUCCUCCUCCCUGGUGUUACCUCCUCCUCUCUGGUGUUGCCUCCUCCUCCCUGGUGUUGCCUCCUCCUCCCUGGUGUUACCUCCUCCUCCUUGGUGUUGCCUCCUCCUCCCUGGUGUUGCCUCCUCCUCCCUCGUGUUGCCUCCUCCUCCCUGGUCUUACCUCCUCCUCCCUGGUGUUGCCUCCUCCUCCUUGGUGUUGCCUCCUCCUCCCUGGUGUUGCCUCCUCCUCCCUGGUGUUGCCUCCUCCUCCCUCGUGUUGCCUCCUCCUCGCUGGUGUUCCCUCCUCCUCCCUCGUGUUGCCUCCUCCUCCUUGGUGUUGCCUCCUCCUCCCUGGUGUUCCCUCCUCCUCCCUGGUGUUGCCUCCUCCUCCCUGGUGUUACCUCCUCCUCCCUGGUGUUGCCUCCUCCUCCCUGGUGUUGCCUCCUCCUCCCUGGUGUUCCCUCCUCCUCCUUGGUGUUGCCUCCUCCUCCCUCGUGUUGCCUCCUCCUCCUUGGUGUUGCCUCCUCCUCCCUGGUGUUGCCUCCUCCUCCCUCGUGUUGCCUCCUCCUCCCUGGUGUUGCCUCCUCCUCCCUGGUGUUACCUCCUCCUCCCUGGUGUUGCCUCCUCCUCCCUGGUGUUGCCUCCUCCUCCCUGGUGUUACCUCCUCCUCUCUGGUGUUGCCUCCUCCUCCCUGGUGUUGCCUCCUCCUCCCUCGUGUUGCCUCCUCCUCCUUGGUGUUGCCUCCUCCUCCCUGGCGUUGCCUCCUCCUCCCUGGUGUUGCCUCCUCCUCCCUCGUGUUGCCUCCUCCUCCUUGGUGUUGCCUCCUCCUCCCUGGUGUUGCCUCCUCCUCCCUCGUGUUGCCUCCUCCUCCCUGGUGUUGCCUCCUCCUCCCUGGUGUUGCCUCCUCCUCCUUGGUGUUGCCUCCUCCUCCCUGGUGUUGCCUCCUCCUCCCUGGUGUUGCCUCCUCCUCCCUGGUGUUACCUCCUCCUCUCUGGUGUUGCCUCCUCCUCCCUGGUGUUGCCUCCUCCUCCCUCGUGUUGCCUCCUCCUCCUUGGUGUUGCCUCCUCCUCCCUGGUGUUGCCUCCUCCUCCCUGGUGUUGCCUCCUCCUCCCUCGUGUUGCCUCCUCCUCCUUGGUGUUGCCUCCUCCUCCCUCGUGUUGCCUCCUCCUCCUUGGUGUUGCCUCCUCCUCCCUGGUGUUACCUCCUCCUCCCUGGUGUUGCCUCCUCCUCCCUGGUGUUACCUCCUCCUCCCUGGUGUUACCUCCUCCUCUCUGGUGUUGCCUCCUCCUCCCUGGUGUUGCCUCCUCCUCCCUGGUGUUGCCUCCUCCUCCCUGGUGUUGCCUCCUCCUCCCUCAUGUUGCCUCCUCCUCCUUGGUGUUGCCUCCUCCUCCCUGGUGUUACCUCCUCCUCCCUGGUGUUUACCUCCUCCUCUCUGGUGUUGCCUCCUCCUCCCUGGUGUUGCCUCCUCCUCCCUGGUGUUACCUCCUCCUCCCUGGUGUUACCUCCUCCUCUCUGGUGUUGCCUCCUCCUCCCUGGUGUUGCCUCCUCCUCCCUGGUGUUGGCUCCUCCUCCCUGGUGUUGCCUCCUCCUCCCUCGUGUUGCCUCCUCCUCCCUGGUGUUACCUCCUCCUCUCUGGUGUUGCCUCCUCCUCCCUCGUGUUGCCUCCUCCUCCCUGGUGUUGCCUCCUCCUCCCUCGUGUUGCCUCCUCCUCCUUGGUGUUGCCUCCUCCUCCCUGGUGUUGGCUCCUCCUCCCUGGUGUUGCCUCCUCCUCCCUGGUGUUGCCUCCUCCUCCCUCGUGUUGCCUCCUCCUCCUUGGUGUUGCCUCCUCCUCCCUGGUGUUGCCUCCUCCUCCCUCGUGUUGCCUCCUCCUCCCUGGUGUUGCCUCCUCCUCCCUCGUGUUGCCUCCUCCUCCUUGGUGUUGCCUCCUCCUCCCUGGUGUUGCCUCCUCCUCCCUGGUGUUGCCUACUCCUCCCUCGUGUUGCCUCCUCCUCGCUGGUGUUCCCUCCUCCUCCCUCGUGUUGCCUCCUCCUCCUUGGUGUUGCCUCCUCCUCCCUGGUGUUCCCUCCUCCUCCCUCGUGUUGCCUCCUCCUCCUUGGUGUUGCCUCCUCCUCCCUGGUGUUGCGUCCUCCUCCCUGGUGUUACCUCCUCCUCCCUGGUGUUGCCUCCUCCUCCCUGGUGUUGCCUCCUCCUCCCUGGUGUUCCCUCCUCCUCCCUGGUGUUGCCUCCUCCUCCCUGGUGUUACCUCCUCCUCCCUGGUGUUGCCUCCUCCUCCCUGGUGUUGCCUCCUCCUCCCUCGUGUUGCCUCCUCCUCCUUGGUGUUGCCUCCUCCUCCCUGGUGUUGCCUCCUCCUCCCUGGUGUUGCCUCCUCCUCCCUCGUGUUGCCUCCUCCUCGCUGGUGUUCCCUUCUCCUCCCUCGUGUUGCCUCCUCCUCCUUGGUGUUGCCUCCUCCUCCCUGGUGUUGCCUCCUCCUCCCUGGUGUUCCCUCCUCCUCCCUGGUGUUGCCUCCUCCUCCCUGGUGUUACCUCCUCCUCCCUGGUGUUGCCUCCUCCUCCCUGGUGUUGCCUCCUCCUCCCUGGUGUUCCCUCCUCCUCCUUGGUGUUGCCUCCUCCUCCCUGGUGUUCCCUCCUCCUCCCUGGUGUUGCCUCCUCCUCCCUGGUGUUACCUCCUCCUCCCUGGUGUUGCCUCCUCCUCCCUGGUGUUGCCUCCUCCUCCCUGGUGUUGCCUCCUCCCUGGUGUUGCCUCCUCCUCCCUGGUGUUGCCUCCUCCAUGGUGUUACCUCCUCCUCCCUGGUGUUACCUCCUCCUCUCUGGUGUUGCCUCCUCCUCCCUGGUGUUGCCUCCUCCUCCCUGGUGUUGCCUCCUCCUCCCUGGUGUUGCCUCCUCCUCCCUCGUGUUGCCUCCUCCUCCCUGGUGUUACCUCCUCCUCCCUGGUGUUACCUCCUCCUCUCUGGUGUUGCCUCCUCCUCCCUGGUGUUGCCUCCUCCUCCCUGGUGUUGCCUCCUCCCUUCCUCCUCCCUGGUGUUACCUCCUCCUCUCUGGUGUUGCCUCCUCCUCCCUGGUGUUGCCUCCUCCUCCCUCGUGUUGCCUCCUCCUCCUUGGUGUUGCCUCCUCCUCCCUGGUGUUGCCUCCUCCUCCCUGGUGUUGCCUCCUCCUCCCUCGUGUUGCCUCCUCCUCCUUGGUGUUGCCUCCUCCUCCCUGGUGUUGCCUCCUCCUCCCUGGUGUUGCCUCCUCCUCCCUCGUGUUGCCUCCUCCUCCUUGGUGUUGCCUCCUCCUCCCUGGUGUUGCCUCCUCCUCCCUCGUGUUGCCUCCUCCUCCCUGGUGUUGCCUCCUCCUCCCUGGUGUUGCCUCCUCCUCCUUGGUGUUGCCUCCUCCUCCCUGGUGUUGCCUCCUCCUCCCUGGUGUUGCCUCCUCCUCCCUCGUGUUGCCUCCUCCUCGCUGGUGUUCCCUCCUCCUCCCUCGUGUUGCCUCCUCCUCCUUGGUGUUGCCUCCUCCUCCCUGGUGUUCCCUCCUCCUCCCUCGUGUUGCCUCCUCCUCCUUGGUGUUGCCUCCUCCUCCCUGGUGUUGCGUCCUCCUCCCUGGUGUUACCUCCUCCUCCCUGGUGUUGCCUCCUCCUCCCUGGUGUUGCCUCCUCCUCCCUGGUGUUGCCUCCUCCUCCCUGGUGUUGCCUCCUCCUCCCUCGUGUUGCCUCCUCCUCCUUGGUGUUGCCUCCUCCUCCCUGGUGUUGCCUCCUCCUCCCUCGUGUUGCCUCCUCCUCCCUGGUGUUGCCUCCUCCUCCCUGGUGUUGCCUCCUCCUCCUUGGUGUUGCCUCCUCCUCCCUGGUGUUGCCUCCUCCUCCCUGGUGUUGCCUACUCAUCCCUCGUGUUGCCUCCUCCUCGCUGGUGUUCCCUCCUCCUCCCUCGUGUUGCCUCCUCCUCCUUGGUGUUGCCUCCUCCUCCCUGGUGUUCCCUCCUCCUCCCUCGUGUUGCCUCCUCCUCCUUGGUGUUGCCUCCUCCUCCCUGGUGUUGCGUCCUCCUCCCUGGUGUUACCUCCUCCUCCCUGGUGUUGCCUCCUCCUCCCUGGUGUUAACUCCUCCUCCCUGGUGUUCCCUCCUCCUCCCUGGUGUUGCCUCCUCCUCCCUGGUGUUACCUCCUCCUCCCUGGUGUUGCCUCCUCCUCCCUGGUGUUGCCUCCUCCUCCCUCGUGUUGCCUCCUCCUCCUUGGUGUUGCCUCCUCCUCCCUGGUGUUGCCUCCUCCUCCCUGGUGUUGCCUCCUCCUCCCUCGUGUUGCCUCCUCCUCGCUGGUGUUCCCUUCUCCUCCCUCGUGUUGCCUCCUCCUCCUUGGUGUUGCCUCCUCCUCCCUGGUGUUGCCUCCUCCUCCCUGGUGUUCCCUCCUCCUCCCUGGUGUUGCCUCCUCCUCCCUGGUGUUACCUCCUCCUCCCUGGUGUUGCCUCCUCCUCCCUGGUGUUGCCUCCUCCUCCCUGGUGUUCCCUCCUCCUCCUUGGUGUUGCCUCCUCCUCCCUGGUGUUCCCUCCUCCUCCCUGGUGUUGCCUCCUCCUCCCUGGUGUUACCUCCUCCUCCCUGGUGUUGCCUCCUCCUCCCUGGUGUUGCCUCCUCCUCCCUGGUGUUGCCUCCUCCCUGGUGUUGCCUCCUCCUCCCUGGUGUUGCCUCCUCCCUGGUGUUACCUCCUCCUCCCUGGUGUUACCUCCUCCUCUCUGGUGUUGCCUCCUCCUCCCUGGUGUUGCCUCCUCCUCCCUCGUGUUGCCUCCUCCUCCUUGGUGUUGCCUCCUCCUCCCUGGUGUUGCCUCCUCCUCCCUGGUGUUGCCUCCUCCUCCCUCGUGUUGCCUCCUCCUCCUUGGUGUUGCCUCCUCCUCCUUGGUGUUGCCUCCUCCUCCCUGGUGUUGCCUCCUCCUCCCUCGUGUUGCCUCCUCCUCCUUGGUGUUGCCUCCUCCUCCCUGGUGUUGCCUCCUCCUCCCUCGUGUUGCCUCCUCCUCCCUGGUGUUGCCUCCUCCUCCCUGGUGUUGCCUCCUCCUCCUUGGUGUUGCCUCCUCCUCCCUGGUGUUGCCUCCUCCUCCCUGGUGUUGCCUCCUCCUCCCUCGUGUUGCCUCCUCCUCGCUGGUGUUCCCUCCUCCUCCCUCGUGUUGCCUCCUCCUCCUUGGUGUUGCCUCCUCCUCCCUGGUGUUCCCUCCUCCUCCCUCGUGUUGCCUCCUCCUCCUUGGUGUUGCCUCCUCCUCCCUGGUGUUGCGUCCUCCUCCCUGGUGUUACCUCCUCCUCCCUGGUGUUGCCUCCUCCUCCCUGGUGUUGCCUCCUCCUCCCUGGUGUUGCCUCCUCCUCCCUCGUGUUGCCUCCUCCUCCUUGGUGUUGCCUCCUCCUCCCUGGUGUUGCCUCCUCCUCCCUGGUGUUACCAUCCUCCUCCCUGGUGUUGCCUCCUCCUCCCUCGUGUUGCCUCCUCCUCCCUCGUGUUGCCUCCUCCUCCUUGGUGUUGCCUCCUCCUCCCUGGUGUUGCCUCCUCCUCCCUCGUGUUGCCUCCUCCUCCCUGGUGUUGCCUCCUCCUCCCUGGUGUUUGCCUCCUCCUCCUUGGUGUUGCCUCCUCCUCCCUGGUGUUGCCUCCUCCUCCCUGGUGUUGCCUCCUCCUCCCUGGUGUUACCUCCUCCUCCCCUCGUGUUGCCUCCUCCUCUCUGGUGUUGCCUCCUCCUCCCUGGUGUUGCCUCCUCCUCCCUCGUGUUGCCUCCUCCUCCUUGGUGUUGCCUCCUCCUCCCUGGUGUUCCCUCCUCCUCCCUGGUGUUGCCUCCUCCUCCCUGGUGUUACCAUCCUCCUCCCUGGUGUUGCCUCCUCCUCCCUGGUGUUACCUCCUCCUCCCUGGUGUUACCUCCUCCUCCCUGGUGUUGCCUCCUCCUCCCUCGUGUUGCCUCCUCCUCCUUGGUGUUGCCUCCUCCUCCCUGGUGUUGCCUCCUCCUCCCUGGUGUUACCUCCUCCUCCCUGGUGUUGCCUCCUCCUCCCUCGUGUUGCCUCCUCCUCCCUCGUGUUGCCUCCUCCUCCUUGGUGUUGCCUCCUCCUCCCUGGUGUUGCCUCCUCCUCCCUGGUGUUGCCUCCUCCUCGCUGGUGUUCCCUCCUCCUCCCUCGUGUUGCCUCCUCCUCCUUGGUGUUGCCUCCUCCUCCCUGGUGUUGCCUCCUCCUCCCUGGUGUUGCCUCCUCCUCCCUGGUGUUACCUCCUCCUCCCUGGUGUUGCCUCCUCCUCCCUGGUGUUGCCUCCUCCUCCCUGGUGUUGCCUCCUCCUCCCUGGUGUUACCUUCUCCUCCCUGGUGUUGCCUCCUCCUCCCUGGUGUUGCCUCCUCCUCCCUGGUGUUGCCUCCUCCUCCCUGGUGUUACCUCCUCCUCCCUGGUGUUACCUCCUCCUCUCUGGUGUUGCCUCCUCCUCCCUGGUGUUGCCUCCUCCUCCUUGGUGUUGCCUCCUCCUCCCUGGUGUUGCCUCCUCCUCCCUCGUGUUGCCUCCUCCUCCUUGGUGUUGCCUCCUCCUCCCUGGUGUUGCCUCCUCCUCCCUGGUGUUAA